ACUUGGAAUGAGUCAUCAAAUACAGAGUUCACUCUCUCUCCCUCUCACCAACUCUCCGUUUCCCUCUCUACAUAUAAAUAACCAGCUACCCCUCUCAGUCUCACACACUCACUCAAGAAUUAUGGCUCUUGAAGCACUCAAUUCCCCUAACACCACUACACCAAAUCCUUUCAAUGCUGCCCAUGAAGACUCCCACUCCCACAUCAAGCGCAAACGCUCUAAACGACAGCGUAGCGAGUCCCCUGCAUCUCCUCCUCUUCCUCCUGCUGCUGCAGAAGAACCACAGCACACACCCACCGAGGAGGAGUACCUCGCUCUCUGCCUUAUCAUGCUCGCACGUGGUAACACCAAUAAGGACAAGGCGGCGGCGGUGGUUCAGACGCCGCCGCCGCCAACUUUGAAAUUGGUGUACAAAUGCACCGUGUGCGACAAGGCCUUCCCUUCUUACCAAGCACUCGGCGGCCACAAGGCCAGUCACCGGAAAUCAUCAUCCGCCGCGGCCGCUGCUGCCGAUAACAACAGUAGUAACGAUCAUCCAUCCAGCAGUGUGACCGCCGCGUCGAGGGGUAGGGCCCACGAGUGCACAAUCUGUCACAAGAGUUUCCCCACCGGUCAGGCUCUCGGUGGACACAAGCGAUGUCAUUAUGACGGUACCAAUAGCAACAACAACAACAACGGGAGUGCGGUGACGUCAUCAUCGAGUCACGGCUUGAGUCAGCAGCAGCACCGCGGCUUUGACUUGAACUUGCCAGCUUUGGAGAUGGAAUCGGCUUGGCCAGGACACAUCAUCAUGAGUCGCGGGUGUGGUGCCGGCGAAGAGGAGGUGGAGAGUCCCCUGCCGACGAAGAAACCGCGUUUCUUGCUUAAUGGCGAAGGAUCAAUGAAUUAGGAUUUGCCAGAUUCAAUGGAUUCCGUGGAUUCCAAGAAUUCUUUUUUUUCUUAAUAUAUUUAUUUUUUUGGGUCAAUUGGCUUUGUACAGGGCAUGUCUGGUAGUGACAUUAUCUGGUGUUGUAGUCAUUCUUUUAUUUAUUCUAGCUUAUAAAGUAAUUUAUGAUUUACGUUAUUUUUAAAGGGUUAGAACCCUAGCC